AUGAGAAGGACAGUGGUGACACUACGUUUGGUUCGUCUUAUAUUUGAGAAUCUCUAUGGAUAUUAUGUCGGGAAUACUUUCGUUCCAAGUCUUCUUCUCACUGUUAUCGCCUACCUUACCCUUUACUUUGGGUUUUCGGAUUUUCAGGACCGUGUCAUGGUAUCCUUGACAUCCCUGCUCGUGUUGGCAACUUUCUUCACCCAAACCAGUGCUAGUAUCCCGAGGACGUCGUACUUGAAGCUCAUUGAUGCUUGGUACGUGGCGCUCAUCUGCAAGACCUUCCUCAUGAUCGUUUCCCUCGUGGUUGUCGAGAACUUGCGGCUGCGCGAUGAGGAGCCUUUUGUGACCAAGGUGGUGCCGAUGGGACAAAAACUUGCAGAGCAGACUUCGAAGCCCCUCUAUGUGAAGCUAAACUUCAUUCUUAGGAUCAUCUUCCCAAUCAUUCUUUUUGUGAUUCUGACUGCUUUCUUCUCUUUUUGGAGUAAAAGGCAGUAG